AUGAGCAUCAUUUCAACAGCGGAGGAUGACGCCUCCACCAGUACCGACGUCAGUGGAGAGUCUCAGUUUGUGACAACAGACUUCAGCUCGCAACAUGAGUUUGUUGACCAGGAGGAAGUUGAAAAACUGUCGCAAAAGAAGAAAGAAAAAGUCAUGAGUGAACAGCCAGUAUGGAGGGAGAACAUCCGGCAGCAGAUGGAGGAGGAGUUGAACCGGCGCGUCCGGGAGGCGCUCGAAACCCCGCCCAUUGAACGCACGCUGCGACACAAAACCGUCUCCAAUGAACAGCGCAUCAACGAGCUGAACUCUCACAUCAACCUCGAGUUCGAGAGAAACUUCUUCAAAAACAAGCGAUGGAAAUCGCUCCAGUCUAAACAACACCUGGAAAACUGUGUUGACAUGAGUUACCUCCCUUCAGGGAGCCAGGUUGAGUUCAUGUUCCACGACGAACUGUCACGGUCGAACCAUGACGAGUAUCCGGGGGUGUACGGGUUGGAGAGCUGUUCUGAGGGGUUGAGGAACAUCAGAGAUAACUAUUCAUGUACCGUCGAUAAGUUGUCUCCCCUGAAGCCGAAGGCUCGGCACUUUUUCACGAAGCAAGGUUUCCUACACGCGAUAAGGACAGGAGAGCUGCCCAAUGGGUUUGUGUUUCUGGACGAGUUGGGGACAUAUAGAGACAGGUACGGGAUUAUUCGGAAUGAAGAUGGCCCGUUUUGGCCGUCAGACUUCUCUCCGCUGCAUGCCACGCCAAGGUUUAAGUGGUUCAAUAAUUUACCCAUGGAGCCGUUCUUCACAGCUGUUCAUAAUGUACGUUUCACUAGAACAAUCGACAAUCAAGUAACUCAGUUCACAGGAAAAUGGCGCGGUGUUCUAGUAGCGUACGACUCAGAGCGUAGUCCAAGGGAGACAAUUCCGCAAGUUGUGCCAGAGGGUUGUGUGCCAAAUUUAGUCUUUGAGUCCAGAUUUGAAAGCGGAAAUUUACGACAGGCUAGGAGAAUAGGUCAAUAUGAAUAUGAAUUGGUGCUAAAGACGGACCUGUACACAACGCGUCACACUCAGUGGUUCUACUUCCGCGUGCAGAACGCUGUGCCCGGCGUCACGUACAAGUUCCGCAUCGUCAACCUCCUCAAGCGCGACAGCCUCUACAACUAUGGGAUGCGUCCUCUGUUUUACUCAGAAAUCAAUGCUCAGGAAAAGAAAAUAGGAUGGGUGCACACAGGACAUCAUAUAAAUUACUCAAGGAAUAUCCUCAACCUACACUGUCCAUUGUUACAGCGUGGGGUGGUGUACUACAUGUUGGAGUGGCAGAUGGAAUUCACGAACACUGACGACUGUUGUUACCUGGCUCACUGCUACCCGUACACAUUCACCGAUCUCAAAGAACACCUUGACUCCCUCGUCCAGUCUCCGGAACGCCAGCAGUUCAUCAAGCGAGAAGUCCUGUGUGAGACACGUGCUGGCAAUAGCUGUUUUCUACUCACCGUCACAAAUUUCAAACAUAUACCCAACGGUUGCCUAAAGAAAGUGGUGGUUGUUUCUGCGAGAGUACAUCCAGGAGAAUCACAGUCAAGCUGGAUGAUGAAAGGAGUCCUAGACUUUAUCACCGGCCCGGAUGCAGCGGCUAAGGAACUGCGCAAUAAAUUCAUUUUCAAAAUUGUGCCGAUGUUGAAUCCUGACGGCGUCAUCGUUGGCAACUACCGCUGUUCCCUGUCUGCUCGUGACCUGAACCGCAACUAUCGCCACCCCAGACAGGACAGCUUCCCCACCGUGUGGCAUGUCAAAAACAUGAUCGAGAUCCUCAGCCAGAAAUAUGAAGUGCUGCUGUACUGUGAUCUGCACGGUCACAGCCGGAAACACAACACGUUCAUGUACGGAAACAACACCUCAGAGAACGACGAUGAAAACAAAGUGGGCGUGGCUCGAGCGUUCAUCAACGAGCGACUGUUUCCCUGGCUCAUGUCACAGAAGGCUCCAGAAAGGUUUUCGUUCCCGUCGUGCAAGUUUUACAUCCGUAAGUGCAAGGAGUCAACAGGCCGGGUGGUGAUGUGGAGGCAGUUGAAGAUCCAGAACAGCUUCACACUGGAGGCAACGUUCAGUGGAACCAUUAUCGACCAGUCGAACUGCCGUCACUUCAACAUCAAUGACUUCCAGAGUAUGGGCAGCACACUGUGUCAGGCGGUGCUAGACUACAACGAACUUCAGGAAAACAAGGCCCGCCAGACGGAAGUAGUUCUUGAUCUGACUCGAGUCAUGACUCAACAGAUUCUAGUCUCACGAGGGUUACUGCCUCCCAACAUCAAACUGCCAAACUUCGCACAGAUUGCCAAUUUCGACAAAGAUGCCGAUGUGACGACUGUAGAAGCUCAGACUAUCCAGGAAGAUGCGGAGAAAUGGACGGAGGCCGUGCUGGAUCUCCUGGCGAGGGAGAAGGAGAACUCGAAUGUAGAGGACAAACAGAAGACUGCCAAGAAGGAGGACAAGAACAAGGGGAGGUCACUCCGGGUGGAGGAGAAGCAGCCCUCUCUGACGAGGAAGGAAGUAAACGAGCUGAUUGACAACGUGUCGCUCAAGACGAUGGACGGUUGUAUGAACAUUCUCGCUGAGCUCAACGUGCGAGAAGCCAUUGAACAAUCAGACUCCAGUGACAGCGACAGUGAAUCUGAACCCGAGAUGAAGGCGGAAGUGAAAAGGAAGAAGAAGAGAAAGUCGAAGAAGCAGAGAGACCAUGACAAGAAGAUAACGUCAGAGAAGAAGGAGAGAGAACGUGACAGAGAAAAGGUGAUGUCAUCCCUGCCAGCACUUGUGAGUGACACUAAUGCACCCACUACAACCAUAGCAACCAGUAUCAGCUAUUCAUCCAAUCACCUCUACAGGUCGAAGGCGAAUGCCCUGGACAAGUACAUGAAGAUGUCAACGAAGCCUCACUUCAUCAGCAAGUACGAGGGCCGGAGUAACGGGGGGAUGCCGUGUUUUACAGAAGAGAGAAGUCGCGAAAGACAAGCUAUGCGACUGGCAGAGAUAAAAAAGAAACAUGAAGAAGAUAGACAACAUGAUCUUGCUUUUUAUUUUUUGCAGGAGAACCAGGUUCAGCGAUCUCUAACGACGGAAGACUUCAAUCGUCGCCUGCAGGUGGCGCUCAACGAGGGCACAUCCAAUGUAUCGCAGGCUCUUGUUGGAAUCAACAUUCGCACCAGCUACACGCACGCUGACGACAAGCUGACAUUACCUGUUGCGUCAAUUUACAACUUCCAAGAGGUAUCCCCCAGUGUUCCCAGUUCAAACGGAUUUCUCUGCCCCUCCCACCAAUCACAGACUUUCAAACGAGAAAUCAGCACCUCGGACAGCGAUACUGAAGCAGAAACCUCCAUCUAUCCGAUGUUUCCUAUUAGCUCUCGGAAAAACCCAUAUAGUUUCGACAGCAUGGCACAGUCACUGGCGUUUCCUAAUCCACUGCAACCUCUCGGCCGAAAGCUGAGAACGGGGCCAGUGUUAAAGUCCGUCUCUCGAAGAAUCAAAUCAUCAACUCCACCUCUUAUAUCAUCGACUAUCGUCCCUGGCAACCGGUCGCCCAUUUCAGAUCAUGUUGCCAGUCAUAAGGUUGUAGAGAGACAGAGAAUAGGUCACCAGCAACCAACCAUAAUGAAAGGAAUACGGAUCCAGGGGAUAGGUCAAGGUCCCUGGGAUUAAUCAUCAGAUCAGUUAACAGAAAAUAACUCAGGAAGCAGAAACAAACAUGAAUCUACCAGAAAUAUGAAAGUAUAAUGUACGACUUUGUGCACCAGCAAAGUAAAACUUGAAAAACCAAAUCUGAUCAAACUGUUUUCAUACAUAGGUUACAGAUCAUUCUGUGAUUUGAAAUUACAUAAUGCACGAUCAGUUAAAAUCUGAAAACAUAAUGAUAUACAUUUGAUGAUAAGUUGUCAUAUUAUGUGUAAUCUGGAAGGUGCGUAACUGGUAUAAAAACUCAACUAUCAUUCACAUAAAAUAUUGCUCUGUGUAAUGAGCAUAUCAUAGAGAAAGUGCUUAUUUCAUUAGAACAGAGAAUAUCUAACAGAGUGCUAAAAAAGUUAUUCAGCUAGCUGUAAUACAGUACUCAAACCAACAAUAAAGUCAACCAGACAUGGGUGGUCAGCUAGAUGGUUUCUGGUCUGUUUCACCAACUGUAUACAUACAGUACACAAACCAACCAUAAAGUCAACUGGACAUGGGUGGCCAGCUAGAUGGUUUCCAGUCUGUUUCACCGACUGUAUACAUACAGUUCACAAACCAACAAUAAAGUCAACUAGACAUGGGUGGUCAGCUAGAUGAUUUCCAGUCUGUUUCACUGACUGUAUACAUACAGUACACUAACCAACAAUAAAGUCAACUAGACAUGGGUGGUCAGCUAGAUGGUUUCCAGUCUGUUUCACUGAUUAUCUUUAAAGUUUGUGGAUGGUGUGACAAAAAUAAAGUGUAACAGAAGUUAGCCAAAAACCAAAAUGAACAACUUUGCAAGUUGCUCUGCUAUUUACCUCUGCCUUUGAGAAUCGAAUCAUAGUUCACUAUUUCAUUACGUUUUGUUUUUCGUAUACCCUGAAAAGAGUGUAAAGCAUUGGAAAAACAAAUGUUAGAAGACAAUUCAACAAGACAGAUUGGCCAUAUUCAAAAUGAUGAAGAAAUUAAGUUGGAAAAACUGAGUGUUAGUUUUUCUGAGUUAAAACCUCCUGCAGCAUCCAUGAUUCGGACAUCUUCCACGGGAGAAUAUUCCCAGACCUUCGGAGCAUCAUGUGACAGUUCAUACCCGAUAUCAAACAUCUCGUAUACAUGUAUGGCCUCCCCACUUCAAAAUUACAUCCAAAAGGGCUUGCUUCAUAAAUGUUGAAAUUAAUGAAUGUUAGAAUACAGUUAUGUAUGACUGAAUGAAUGAAUAAGUGAAGGAUCAGACAGAAAAAACACCACAGCAUAAACAAAAACUUUGGGCAAUAAAUAGUGUUUCAACCAGUGGUACAUUAGAUCAAGAAUUUAAUUUUUUUCUUUGUUUCCCUGGUCAUGUGAUUAACUCAUGCUAGAAAGGUCGUUGUCGUUUUCAAGGUUGUUAAUGGACUACAUAUACACAUGUAUGUGUAUAUAUAUAUAUAUAUAUAUAUAUAUAUAUGUAUUCUGACCUCAACAGUAUCUAUGAUGCUGUCAUUUAGUGUCUAAGAUACAGUUAUUUCAACACAUGGUAUACACUAAGUGAAGAGAACUCUGCUGUCGCCUCAUUCAGGGAUCGAUCCCAUGACCCACUGCACUUCAGUUGAAUGAUUUACCAUUGAGAUAACACUCUGCCCACUUGUUAAUGGUUAGCACUAAGCAGCAUGUGUACACUUUGCCAUAAGCAGGGCAGCAUAUACCCUUUGAUAAUAUUAGUAUAAGCAGAAUAUAUAUGCUCCAUGAACUCGAGUAUGAACCCGAGUAUGAACUCGAGUAUGAACUCCAUGAACCCGACACUUACACUAAAUGAUGAUGAGAUUAAGGAAUAAAGUAAAAUAGCAUUAUGCAUCUUAAUUCCAGCGCUGAACAUAGAUGUAUUGCAUUCCACACAUUCCAUUUUAGUAUUCCCUCCAUGUCUGAUAGUCUUAUAAGGUAAAUGGCGGCAAGCAUAUUAUGCAAAAUGACAUUAAAAAUAUAAUUAAAUGAAAGUGUUCUUCCUUGCACGGUACUUGAGUCCUGUGAACAAACUCGAGUCUUAAUAGACUUGACCCGUGUCAGAGUACUCUUGGAUACCCUAUGUAGGAUAAUGAGUUAACGAAUAUUACGCGAUUUUUACAUCCUAUAAUAAUGUAGACCUACUUAUUGUGUGUUGAAUCAACACAGCUGGCGAUUGUCAGUUGUAUUCAGUAGAAACUGUUAGAGCAUGGGCAGGCAUUAUCAAGGGCAGACACGGGAAAUAUUUUUAGGAGGGAAUCUAGAGCAAAAGGGCACAUGGACCAACCUCUGAAGAUGGCACCCCAAUAAAAGUUUGGCAUUCGUAAAAAUAAAAUUGUAAACAAACAUUUUAAAAGGGGCCAUUUAAAUUGUUUUUAGGGGAGGAGCCCUCUAAUGCACAACCUUGUUUGCCUGUUUGUAACAUUCUGCACAAAAUCAAAAAUGGUACCAACUCAGGGUUUUUCAUGUAUUACGUAGGCCUAGAUAUGUAACAUUUACAAUAUCCACACAAGUGUUUAAAUAAAAUUUAAAAAAAAACUGGACCAAAAAAAGAAAAAGAAAAAAAAAGACCCCCCCCCCCCCCCCCUCCCCGACUAACAAAUAGACCUGUAUCAGGUGAUAUUUGUGUAACAAACUAAUACAAUCUUUACAGAUAAGUUUAUAUAAAACCUGUAUACGGGCUCAGUGAAAAUACAUCUUGGGGUAGUUGUAAAAAAAGAAACCCCAAGUAUUGUAUGGUUAUUCGAACAAUUUGUUCAAUAAAUUGUAUGUAAAAUAAACUAAUAUGUUGUAGCAAGCCUGUUGAUACAAAAUACACACUGUAGCCAAAAUAAGUUCAUUAAACCUGAAUUAAUGUUUUAAGACAGUAAACAGAAGUGACGUCACAUAUUGCUUUUGUUUUGUGAAUGGAUGAUUUUUAUUAAAAUAGCAACGUGACGUCAUAAUAGCUACGUGAAUAAUCAAUUUGUGCUAGCAACCAUACAUCAUAGCUUUCAUAUAUCGUCAUAUUGGAUUCAGUUGCUUGUAAAAGUUUAUUGUUUACUGUUUAUUACUUUGAUAUUUAUUUACCAAAAUGUCCUGCAAUCUGUGAUAUGCUAAUAAAUUAUUGCAUUUA